UAUAAAUUCAUCUUUAAUUAAAAUAUUUCAGCAGCUAAUUAAAAGAAUAAGAGAAAACAUCUAAUUAUUCAGCUUCUUAGAUGUCUUUGUGUUGUUGUUUAUUUCCUUGUCUGUGACAGGAAACUGAAUUCCUUUGAAAUCUUUGGAUUGUGGACCCGGGUUGCCAGUCCGAGGCUGCAGUCAUGACGAGGUGGGCGAGAGCCAACAACGUCCACAAACACAAAGAAGCAGAGGCCACUCCAUGGAGUCGACUGAAGGCAGCAGGAGGAGGAGGAGGAGGAGGGGGGAGAGGAAGAGGAGGGGGGGGUUACCAAGGUAGAUCUGGAGGACCCCCAGGUAACAGACAAGGUGACUACCUGAGAGGGACUCAGCCCGGGGGAUCAGGUGUGAAGAAACCAAACCGUAAGAAGAAGGACUACGACAACGAGGACGUGAACGGCUUCCUGGAGUUUCUGCAGCAGAGCGGACGGCCGCUGCCCAAAGGAGAGAGGGGGCGGAGGGAGGAGGAACGGGAGGUCAGGGAGGAGGUGGAGACCGCCCUGAAGAAGGACAGAAGAAGAGAGGACCGACGGAUAAAGAGGCAGACAGACAAGAAGAGCAACAUGCUGUGUUUUAACUGUAGGAAGCCCGGUCACGGUUUGGCCGACUGCCCGGAGGCCGAGCGAGACGAGGAGAUGGGCCGAGGGAUCUGUUACCGCUGCGGCUCCACCGAGCACGAGAUCCAGAAGUGUCGGGCUAAAGUGGACCCGGCUCUGGGGGAUUAUCCGUACGCUAAGUGUUUCAUCUGUGGUCAGACGGGACAUCUGUCGCGGGGCUGCCCCGAUAAUCCCAAAGGACUUUAUGCACAAGGAGGUUGCUGUCGGGUUUGUGGCUCAGUGGAACAUUUUCAGAAGGAUUGUCCGGAGCACCAAGCUGCAACUAACUCGGUGACCGUUUCCUGGCUGUCCAACAACAUGAGUGCCGACUACGAGGACGUCCACGUUCCCGUGAAGAAAGUCAAACCCAAACAGACUAAAGUGGUGACGUUCUGAGUCACGCCUGAACAGACUGAUCAGACACACGCGCGUUCUCCUUGUGUACGUUUGGUGAAGAGCUUCUGAAUAAACAGUUUAUUUACAGACGUCAA